GAUGUGUUGCGAGUGGUUUCCGCUGUUGACGGCUCUGUGGUAAAAGGCGUCGCUAGUAAACACCUCCGAAAACUCACAGCGGACAUUAAACCUGCAAACACCGAGGUAUCGAACCUCCUCCGCGGCUCGUACCCACACAGACGCUGCUGCCCGGUUUCCCGGCCCCGUCCGCGGGUGUGUCAGUGACGGUCAACGUCUCGAAGGACUGCCGGGGCGUUAGCCAGCUAGCUCGCUAGCACCUCCACCUAGCCGUAGCAGCAGCAGCUAGCAUUAGCAUUAGCGCCAGGCGUCAAGAUGAUCGCGCUCAUCAACAAACUGCUGGACUGGUUCAAGGCGCUGUUCUGGAAGGAGGAGAUGGAGCUGACCCUGGUGGGGCUGCAGUACUCCGGCAAGACCACCUUCGUCAACGUGAUAGCGUCGGGGCAGUUUAGUGAAGACAUGAUUCCUACAGUUGGAUUCAACAUGAGGAAGAUCACUAAAGGCAACGUCACCAUCAAGUUGUGGGAUAUCGGCGGUCAGCCUCGCUUCAGGAGCAUGUGGGAGCGUUACUGCCGAGGAGUCAGCGCCAUCGUUUACAUGGUCGACGCAGCAGAUCCAGAGAAAAUCGAAGCCUCCAAGAACGAACUCCACAACCUGCUGGACAAACCGCAGCUGCAGGGAAUCCCUGUUCUGGUUCUGGGGAAUAAGAGAGACCUACCAGGAGCUCUGGAUGAGAAGGAGCUCAUAGAGAGGAUGAACCUGUCGGCCAUCCAGGACAGAGAGAUCUGCUGCUACUCCAUCUCCUGCAAGGAAAAGGACAACAUCGACAUCACCCUUCAGUGGUUGAUCCAACACUCCCGGACUAAGAGGAGUUCCUGAGAACAGAGACACGCCCCCUACCAAACAGGCCACACCCAUACAUCCUGACAAACCCUCUCUCUGAUCCCCCCCACCCCCACCCAUUUCACCCCACUGCUCUUCAACAACAUCUGUACUCCCUCUCCCCACACUAUCACCCUCCACCCACCCACCCCACCCCCCUGCCCUCCAACUCUGGAUGCAUUGAUACCUCUGGGUACUGGUUUCUCCGCAGCUGGAUCGAACCCUCCCACGGUUCCCAGUUAAUAUCUUUUCCGGGUGAUUUCUCACCGUGAAUUAAACGAAAACCAGUUUUUGUUCAUGUGGUAGUUGAAGAAAAACAAUUUCUUCAAUUCUCCUGACAACCUCACGGAAUCGUCUUAUUCUGUUUGACUGUGUGAUGAUUUUAAAUAUAAACCUCACUUUUCACAUCUUAAUAUAUAUAUUUUUUUUUUGGCCAAUUUCUAUGAUUGUCUCAUCUGAAGAAAUCCUCCUUCAGCUCAGGGUUGAUGGCAGCAGGAUUGUUUCUGCAGAAAGACGUGAACACACAAAUGGAUUCAAACAUUCGAAUCUGCGGCAGCGGAAAAAUGAGUUGCUCCACGUGGAUCAAACACUGAGGCUCCAUUAUUAUCAUGGUAAUAACAGUAUUAACAAUAAUUAGGUCAAAGUGAGUCUGUGAAUGUUGCGUGGACGGGCGGGUGUGGUUUUAGUGUCUGAGGAAGAGGACGAGUUCCCAGCAGGAGCCCGAUGAAGGGAGGUCCUCUCGGUUUUAACAGUGACGUGGUAUCAGUGCAUCUUCACAGAUCCACACAACAACCUCCAUCAUGUUUCCUUUCUUUAUUUAAUCAAACCGUCGGCCAUUUUGACUGUUGAUCUUCACCGUAACUGCCAAAAACUACAAACUGAUAAAAUUCGUUUUUUGCUUUUUCUUUUCCAAAGGCCAUAAAAUAACACUUUGUUGUCUGGAGCCUGUUGUGUGGAUCUGAUCAUUUCCUAAUCCUAUUACCUGCCAUCAUCAUUUCCUCUCCGCCCUCUUUCCCCUCCCCUAUUGAUUUUCAUCCCUCCCUCUCUUUUCCCUCUCUACCUCCACAGCAUCUCUCCAUCCAUUAUUUCACCUUUAUAUAAUCCUUAGAAGCUCCUCUUCCUCCCUCGUCUGUUGUAAACUGCUUGUCCUCCUCUGUACUCCCUCUAUCUUUCCCUCCUUCCUUUUCUUAUUUUUGGAUGUUUCCCUCUUCCUCUCUUUCCUCGUCGCCCGGCCCCUCGCUAUCUUUCUCUCUCUCUCUCUCUCUCUCCUGCUGAGCGAGGGAUUAAAACCUUUUUAUUGCACUGUUGAUUUUGGUUUUGUAAGAUAUUAAUAAUGAGAAUAAUGUUAAUAAUCUUCUUAUUGUGAUAUAAGCUGGUUUGUCCAGAUCUAAUGAAGUGGUACUUAAACUGGAGAAGGAGAUUGUUAUUGUUUCUGUUCAUAUCUCUGUAAUAAGCUUUUUAUUUCUUAUAUGUUUUAUAUGGUUGUUUUUUAUUGUUUGUUGAGUUUUCUCUGGACGCUCAGCCGGAGUUCAGUGUUUCUGCUCUGAGACGUCUGCUGAUUGGACCAGGGGUGUCACGUGAUCAGGCUGCAAUGUUCACACCCUGGCUUUAAAUGGAGAAUUGUAAUAAGACUCAUUAAAAGCCACAUAUUACAUUUUUUAUUUUAAAAUCAAAUUACUUCAAUGUUUUCAUCCAUCGAUUUUUCUGUGACUAUUAGUUCAAAACAUGACAAAAAGAUUCAGACAUAAGAAUUCUGUGGGAAUGAUUCCAUAUUUAUAUUGUUAGCCAUAGACCUGCUAAUGUUAGCAUUAGUGAUAAACCAGAUAUGAUAGAUUUAUGAUUCCAAAGUUUGUUCUGCAUCGAUGCAACACAAGGAAAACUUGGUAAAACAUAUUUAUUUAUGACGUCUAUUGAAUCAUUUGGGAGAAACAACAAAUAUUCAGGCAUUCAAACCUUCAGUAAAACCAUUAAGUUACAAGUUAGUGUUUAAACACACAACACUGACAAAUAAACAAUUAAAGAUUUUAUUCUCUGGUUCCUGAUUCAGAAGUUGGGACUCGAACCUGAGCACGUAGCUUUGUCCAAAGAUCCUCCUCAGCAGUUUGGCCACGCCCUCAUGGUUUGUUUCAGCUGGAACAUUAUUGGUCGUAUCACGUCCCGACACAUCCUGGUCCGCAGCCAAUCAGACGUCAGAACAGGCAGGAGCGUGACCUGUCUGUUUCUCUGUGCCGUGGUCAUUUUGGUGGCGAGUGGUCGAGCGGUCGAGCGGUCAGCCGUGCACGUGGGAGAUUCCUUCUGCUCGAACUCUUUUCACUGUCGGGCCAAACGAGGCCUGCUCUGCUGUCAGGAGACUUCCUGUGAAACAUCAGAUUCAAACCGUUUGUCUUUGCAGAUUUUAUUCAGGAAGCAAAAGCUGUGACAAAAAUAUUUAGUCAUCAAUUAAACUUAAACUCAAACCUUC